GUAAGUGUGUGGAGGGGGAGUUCACAGUGUGAAUAAACAGUCAUUUGUCAUCACACACUCAUAUGCGCAUCAGCCUGAGAACAAGCAGAGACUCUGCUUGUGGCAGAUUGAGAGACAAGUAGAAUCUUUCAAAGAAUUAAUUUGACUCCUGUGAACUUGAUUUACCGAGUACAGUAAAUGUUUGGGAUUAUCUUAUAAAUAAUUCAGCCAAUUUCUUUUGUGGACUGGGAUCCUGGAAUCUUGGACAAGACAGUGGUCGUGUUGUUGGAUAUGAUGCUCUUACAUUAAUGCAACCAUGGACAGUAACCGCUGGGUUUCAGCUCUCAUCGUCUUACUCAACUUGAUGCAUUACAUAUCAGGUGUGAUGAUGAAACCAGAAAAUGUCACAGUACACAUAUGGGAGGGCAAUGUGACUGUGACCUGGGAUCCCCCUGAGAAAAAUCCAGUUGGUUGCUUCUAUCAAGUUAAGAUACUUGAACUCGCAGAAACCUAUGAAUACUGGAAAAAUGUGACAAAUUGCAGUCUACUUAAAGCUACUGUAUGCAAUAUUGGACAACUACCAAGUGACUCAAUGUUUCGUGUUCGAGUUGGAGUUCUAUUGCCUCAAGGCAACAUUUCCUGGAGUGCCAGAAAGUACAUUAAUGUUAAAAACAGUCAACUACUCCCACCAUCUUUUAAUCUGUUGUCCACCCCAUUCUCUGUGCAAGUCAAGGUUCACAGGAAAGCUGAGCUGGAAAACAUAUUUCUUUUUGGUUUGAAAUACACUGCCUAUCUGUGGCCAGCUGGGCAAGAAAACCAGACACAGACUGAUGAUGACUCUGAUGAUGAUGGUGAGAUGAAGUUCAACCUCUUGCAACCAUGGCAGGUGUACUGUGUGCGUGUGGGUGUGAAAGCUGAAAGUGGUCCCAGUAGCAUGUCUUCAGAACAAUGCACACAGCUUCCACAUGAUAUGACGUUGAUUAUCUGCUUUGUCUUCUCUGGACUUCUGGGCUUUGUGGCUGUCCUAAUGCUCUUUGUCUAUUGUUUCCUGAGACGUCCUAGAAAAAUGCCUGGUGCUUUGAAACCUGCUGUGAACAGAUGGCAGCCCAUGACUGUAGGACCUAUAGAAGUGGAAACAGUCACAGACAAAGGAUGGCUACUCAUCACCGAGAAGAAAGGAAAGAUGCAAAUAUCAGAGAAGAUUGAAUUUACUGAAGAGGAGAAAGAUCGGAGAGAAAGCCUAGACAGCGGAGUGAGCAUGGAACAACUGCACCCGUCUGUUAGUAACACAAGGACAGAAAGACAGACAGAAGACAUACAAGAGGACAGUGGUUGUGGAAGCCUGAAAGGAGCUGAGGGCAGUGGAAGUGUUAGGAAAGCCUCAGAAGAGCUCCUUUCUCUAGAUGAGAUAAGUCAUGAUGGCAGAAGUGAGGGAAGGGAGGACAGUGGUUUGGGACUGAGCCACCGGGAGGUGUCUAGUUCUCUAGAGGGGGAAGACAGUGGACUGUUGUCUGAGGUAAUAGUUGGGGAUGGAUAUCGAAGUCAGAGUCCCUCUAGUGUGGACAUGAAAAAUGAGACUCCUGAGCCUUGUGACAUGGACACAAACGUGACUGCCCCAUCAGGUGGAUACAGGUCUGGUCAAGUGACGUGUAUGUGUUCAGACCAUGAGUACUGUGUUUGGUGUAAAUUUAAGAAACCUUUGACUGAGGACUGUCAGUCAGUGACUCCAAUGCAAACAGACUUUAGUCAAACUAUUUGUCACACUGACGAUGCGAACUCUGCUAUGACUAGUUACCGGAAAAAGGAUCUUAUUCAGACAGUAAAUCUUUUAGGAAUGGAGGAUACACAGUCAGUGUACCCGCAGUCAGAUAUGAGCACAGAGACUUCUCCGCUUCUGUUGUCCUGUCCUCUGCUUCUGCAAAGUGACGAGAAUCAAGACUGCAUAACAGACCCACAUUCUUUCUCACUGGAUGAUGUGAAACUAACUUUUUUCUAAGCUGCUUGUAGGUGACCCAUGUAAAUAACAUAUACUAAUGGAUUCCAUGAGCAAAGCUGGAAACUUGGAAAUGUUCAGAAAAAACUCUCAAAAAUGAUAGUUUGAAUAAGCAUGAUUGUAAGAAUCAGAUACUCUGACUUUUUUAACCUUUCACACAACCUUAUUCAUGGCACUGGUACAAAUUUGAGACACUGAGGAAUCUCAUAAUCAUGGGGUGCUGCAUUGCUAAACUCUACUAAUAUGCCCCUCAUAAACGUGAGAGCAAACAUUGAUCAAACAGAAGCAGAAAAAAUAACUACUGGACAAGAGACCCCAGAAUAGAUCUUUGCCACAACGUCCUGAUGUGACAUUUCAAUACACAUAUGCGUAGAGAACACAAUUGUAAAAUUAUCACACUGAAUGUAUUAUGUUCUUGUUUGUAGUUAUACUCCUUUGGCGUGGGCACUAGCUAGCAAACUGAACUUUGUAGGUUUACAGUACUGCCAAAAGUUACACCUCCUUAAAUACUUGAUUUAAAUACUUGAUUUAAUUUGUAUGCUAAUUUUUCAUUUUUGGUCAUGUUAAUCAGGUGUGAUAGAGCAAGGAGAACACUAAACUCUGUGGUUUCAUUGCUCUUCAGCAUUUGAGAUAGGCCCCCUUUGAGCCAGAUCAUGCUAGAGGAUGCCAUUUUAGGUUUCCAUUUUUGAGAAAUGGUUAUGCAGAGGACGGAGUUAUUGAAAGCUUGCAUGGACGUCAGUACUCUAAAGGCCAUGUCAAACUCUAUCUAGAGGCAUGCUCUAAACUACUUGACUAAGUCUGGUGAAACUUUGCACAUGCAUGUUGUAUAUAAAUGAACAUGAUGUAUAUUACCUUCUAUUUAUUUAUGGACAUUUUGAAGAUGCAUUUUGUCUGAAUGUAAAUAUACACACAAAUAAAAUUAGUUUUUUAGGUUAUUGACUUUUCACUUUAGAUACGUUUAUUCAUUUUUUUUUCCUGCAAUCCAGGGAGAAGAUGGAAGCUUAGAAAAUGGAUGGAUGGAUGAAUGGAUUUUAUUAUUGGUCUUUUGUAAUGGAUAUCUUAGUUUACUAGAAUCAAAUAAUGCUCCUCCUUUUAAAAGCAAGCUUAGAUUCUACUGCUGACCAGUGGAGGCUUUUUUAUUAUUAUAACAAUUCUAUCAAGUGUAAUAACGAAGAAACAGGCAGUGAAAGCUUUAAGUAAGCAGACUAAACUAGUAUUAAAAAAAGAUGUGACCAGAGAUGUGAUCACAGCAAUUAAGUCCCAGAUACGUUUAGAUUUCUAUAACCAGUACAAUUUUAAUAUGACACCGAGUAGAAUCUGAUACAAUGUAAAAUUGUUUCAGUAACACAUUAAUUUCUACUUUCAAGCAAAUGAACAAAUACCAAGAUUAUAGAGAAAUGUAGAGGGGCGGGGGGAUUCCUAUGGUCCUGUGUUUUUCCUCAUUACAGACACCAUGUUUGGAGAAAGAUGACUGAUUUAAGAACUUAUGUGCAACUCUAUACUAUUCUGGGACACAAGGUCAUGGAAAUAGGCAAACAGACUUCCCCUGUGAUGUCAUAUUUACUGAUGGAACUCAGACAUUGUUCCUACUUUCAGGAAUUCAUCUUUGUUAUACCUAUACCUUGUUAUACCUGUUAUAGUCCUAGUCACCAUCAGAGCUUUUACUCUGUAACAACAAAUUUUAUAGUGUGAAAGUAUACUUUGUUUAAUUGACAUAUCAUUUGCAUAAAAGUAUAACUAUAACUACUUUGACAUGUUGCAGAUAUUUAUGAUUAUUUUCCCCUUUUUGAAAACCAACUUGUUGUCAUCUGUGGUUUGGGUCCAUUAUUUACAGUUAGGUUUUCUCAUUUUCCAUAUGGAAAAUGAUUUUUGAUAUGUCUUAAGCAAGCUGUUAGAAAAUGGGGAAUGAAAAAAAAAAUACCACUAACAGUUUUGUUACUAGUUUUGGUGGCGGGGGAGAUGUAAUCAACACUAUCAUAUGGAAAUCAUGGGUAAAUCAGGUGGCGCCAAAGGAGUUCACCACUUCCUAUUGUAGAAACCACUUUCUAUGGAGCAAGCCACAUUCUGUAGAUCGUAGAUGCAAUAAAAUGAUAGGCUGACUGACGA